GGGGGCCGUAUCCACCCCUGCCUCGCUCAGUUACACAUCUGAAUCUUCUUUUCGUAUUGGAUCUAUCUGUCUAGUCGUGUCAAGAAGAAUUUCUAGGAAAUUAGGACAGGAACAGUUUAGAAUCUUCAUUUUGAGGUGAAAAAUUUCGAUAUGAAGAGCAGACAGAAAUUCACAGUUCCAGGAAAAAAUAUAUCCAAGAGAUUCGAUUCUGAAACAGAUAAUAGUUUAGAAAACAGAGUGAAAAAGAAAAUUGCCAGCAACCCAUUGAUACAAAAAAAUAUCAACUUCCUGCAAACGUACAAUAACCUUUUCCGAAGACCAUCCGGUCAUUUUGGUGAUGCAGAUUCUUAUUUUAAAAAAUCAUUGAGGAAUUACGGUGCGUUGGAUAUCAUACGUGAUUUAAAUUUACAGAGUCGAUUCGUGAAAACCGCGAAAUCGUUUGAUAGCAUCGCCAGGAGACGGCCAAGAUCCAAGCAGACUUUGCUCUCCCCCAGACUUCCCAACAGACAUUCUAUUUCUAAUCUAAACUGCGCCACUUCCGCCGCCAAGAAGGAAGAACUAUUUGUAAAAGAACUCUUCUCAUCCGAACAGAAAGGGGAACCAGUUAGCGAAUCGGAAAGUGAACCAUCAAAAGAUUGUUCUCCUAGAAAUCCUUAUCUCAGUGAACUUGAGGAGGUAGAAGAAGUUUCAGACGAGAAUCGAACCCCUAAAAUACAAGAUAAUUUGAGAAAGAGGUUAGAUGAUAUACUAGAAAGUGAAAAAGAUAAAAGCUUCAAAAGUGGUUCUGGCAAAAUGGAAGACGGUACAGAGUUUGAUGGAGCCGAGGAAGAAUACAAUGAACAAAGUCAGGUGGGUGAGGAGGCCGAAGAUGUGAAGGGACAAGAUGCAAGUAUACAAGAAGGUGGAGAAGAAUCUGGAGAAGAGAGUGGUGCGGCAGAAGAGGAGGAUGAGGAAAUGGCAGAAGUUGGUAGGAUGAUAGAAGAAGCCUCCGAGGAGCUCCAACAAGUUGUGGAAGAAAACCAGGAGAUGAUAAAGACCCUUCAGACGCCAGAUGAUGUUCCACCGGAGAAGCAGGAUGAAGGGAAGGGUGAAGGCAAAGAUGUCGGUGGAGGAUCAGCUUUCCAAUUUAAUCCAGAAAUAGAUGCGGCCAUACUGAGAGAACUGGAAGAUGCCGAGAAACAAGCUAAAGAAACGGCGGCUGUAAUUAAUGACUUGAAAAACAGAGUGGGCGAAUUGUUGCAGAAGGAAAAGAUGACGGAGUCGGAGGCCAAAGAAUUGGAAGAAAAGAACAAAGAACUCAAGGCUCAGAUGGUACUAUUCGAGGAGAAAACGAAGAGAAUUCAACAACUGAUAGCCCAAAGCAAUCUUUUCGAGAACAUGAUACCUGUGAAGCCCCUCUUGCAGAGGAAGAAUAAAGAAGACAUGCUCCCUAAAGUCGUAGUAUGUGGGUUGACUGAAGACAACAUGCCGAAAUUUAUUGUAUGUGACGGGAAAAAAAAGUCACCCAAAUGCCAACCGACCGCUGCACCCGGGGCCCCACCUACUUCAGUUACUUCACCAUUGCUGGCCCCACAAAUAGCGAAAAAAUUAAGCCAGUGCUACUGCAUGCAGGAAAAAUUAGCAGCGGAGAACGCAGACCUAGAAGGGAAAAGGUAUAAGUUGCAAUCCGAUCUUAUCGAUAAGGACCAAACGGUGGAGUGUCUUCAAAGGCAGCUGGCUAACCUGCAGAAUGAGAUGCGCAUGGUUUGCAAGGAAAAUGCUCUUCUGAACCAAAAAUUGCAGAGUGGAAUGGCCGCUCCAACUUGCACUCCUGCCAGCCGCUCCUCCUCGCCUACUAGGAGUAACAAGAUGCCGUGUGGUAGAGGCAAAGGAGUUUGUCCUGCAGACAUAGAAGCUCGGCUGGAUCAGUACUCUGAGAACACGCAACAUUUGGAAAAGCAGUUAGGCGAUAUGGAGUCGGAAGUAAAAAACAUGCAGGAGGAGUUGCUGGCCGUACAGAAAGAGCGGGAACACCUGGAACAUCACCGAAAAAUGUUAUGCGUGCCGCCGCCGCCGCCCUGUGGCCCACUUCCGCCAUGCUACCCACCACCGCCAUGCGGUCCGUACCCUUGUAUGCCGCCCCCCAGUCCGUCUUCGCCUUGCGAAUGCGGGAAGGGCUCACCGGAACAACAAUUAAGAGAACUAAAGGAGCAAUACAACAGGCUCCAGGACGAUUUCAAAGGCAAGCUGACCGAGGUGGCGGGUCUCCGAACUGACAAUGAAAAGUUAAAAGACGUCUCCAAAAUAGCAGACGAGGCGAAAAAAACCGCAGAAUCUAAGCUAAAAGAGGUCGAGGCCGAAUUGAAGAAGUACAAGGGAAACAAAAAGACCGGCGGCAAGGAACAACAGAUCGACUUGGAACAGCAACUAGUGGUCGCAAAACAACGAUUCCGCGAGGCACAAGACGAACUGGAGGAAUUGCGGGCGUUAGUUCAGGAUCAACAAGGUCAAUUGGAUGAUUACAGAAAUAAGUACCUGGAGGCGCAGCAACAAGUAGAAGAGCAGAGGAGAACGAUAGACAUGAUGGAAAUGGAAAAUCAGCGCAUCGGCGAGCAAGUGAAUCUGGAAAUCCAACGUGUGAAAAACCAAUUCCAAGAGAAACUCACGGAACUCAUGCCGCUUCCCGACAUACUGAAAUCCACCCAGAUGAAGCUGCAAGAAGCUCAACAAAUGCAUCUUCUAGCGGAGCGCAAUAACGAGGCCAUCGCCAGGGAGUUACAGCAGUACAAAGACAAAAUCGCCGCGCUGACGGAUCAGAUGGACCUGGCCAAAAACGAUCAAAUGUCAGGAGCAGACGAAAAGGAGUUACUAAGGACUAGGAUAAAAGAGCUAGAAGGGAAUCUGGACGAAUUACGAGAAGAGAACGAUAAGUUGGGAAAAGAGCUGGAGGAACUGCAAGAGAAAUGCGACGAAUUCGAGAGAUUGGCUGGCGAAAGAGCCCAUGAGAUCACUCAGCUCGAGAGCCAACUGGAGAAUGUGCGUGAAGAAACCGCCAGACAAGUGGCAAGAACCAAGGACCGGUGCGAGAUCGUGAGAAGGUCCAUGCAAAAUCAGAUCAACGACCUGGAGAGGCAGUUGGCGCAAAGCAGGGCGCUGGCGAAAACGGCUCAGAAGGACAGGGAUGAAAUCAGGCAGAAGAUGCAAGCGCAGAUAAAUAACCUAAACGAGAACUUUGAGGAUGCCCAGAUGAGGAUCAGAAAUCUUCAGGGACACGUCAAUUUCCUCAAGAAUACUUACGGAAAUGUGUUCGCAUCGGGAGAAGAACGUCGGCCUAAGGAGUUGCCAGACCCUUGUAAUUGUGGAGUCGAAUAUUAAAUAAAAAAAAAUACCACGUAGAUCCGAUGAUUUCCAAAAAAUAUGCUUACCCGUCAUAUACACAUUUUGUAAUCUUAUAGUGAAU